CGGCGGACGCAGCCGGCGCGGAGGUGGGUCGGAGGCAGUGCGGCCGUUGUCGGGCGGUAACGGCUCGGCGCAGGCCAGCCGGCUCUGGCCCUUUCCCUCAGGGCUAUCGGUCUGCUGCCUGGCUCCCCCAGUGCCCCGGCCAGCCCAGCUCCGCCGCCGUGGCUGCUCAGCUUUACCCCUCGGCCGGGUGGUUGCGCCCAGGGCGAGCGGCUUAUGUGGCGGCGCGGCCUGCUGGCAGAGAGCUGGCCUGAUAGACGCCCUGGGCUGAGGCGGCGGGGCCCAUGUGGGAGGACUGGCCUGUGGGGGAACGGCGUUAAAUUCCAGAUGAGGUAUUUCCUGUUCCCAGGGGUUUCCGUAGCCCAGAGGUGCGCUGCAGCAAUGAAAUUUCUGUUGGCUUUUGAUUUUGACCAUACAAUCAUAGAUGAAAAUAGCGAUACUUGGAUUGUGAAAUGUGCUCCUGAGAAAAAGCUUCCUAAUGGAUUAAGAAACUCCUACCGACCAGGACACUGGACAGAAUAUAUGGGCAGAGUCUUUGUCUACUUGGGAGACAAUGGCGUCAAAGAAGAUGUAAUGAAAAGAACUAUGACAACAAUCCCUUUCACUGCAGGAAUGGUAGAUCUUCUGGGUUUUAUUGGCGAAAACAAGGAGUUGUUUGACUGCAUAAUUGUUUCAGAUUCUAAUACAGUAUUUAUUGACUGGAUUUUGAAAGCUGCUGACUUCCAUAAGGUGUUUGAUGAAGUGUUUACAAACCCUGCAGCAUUCAGCAGUACUGGCUACCUGACUGUACAGGACUUCCACGCUCACCAUUGUGCAAAGUGCCCUAAAAACCUUUGCAAAAGGGAAGUUUUAAAAGAAUUUCUAGAUAAACAGUUGGAUCAAGGAGUAAGUUACACACAAGUUGUAUAUAUAGGUGAUGGUGGGAAUGACUUAUGUCCGGUAAUGUUUUUGAAGAAGGGUGAUAUUGCUAUGCCCAGGCAGGGCUAUACCUUGGAGAAAAAGAUUUCUCAAUUGGCCCAAAAUCUUACUCCUGUGGAGUGUUCUGUUCUGGCGUGGUCUUCUGCUACUGACAUUAUGUCUUACUUGAAACUGCUUAUAAAGGAAUAAUUCAAAUGAUAAAAGGAAACUAAUGCAAUUAUAUUUAAUCUUUCUCAGAGAAAAAAAACAGAAUGCGUAUAAAAGCACAAUAUUAUAACAUUGGGCUGUUACCUGAACGUAUCUUUUUAAACACAAUAUAAAGCUGUUUAUGUUUAAUCUUGGCCAUAGUGGGAAAUUGAAGUUAAAAUGGCUUUCUGACAUAGUACACAUUCCAACAUAAGUGGAAAAAGGGGCUUGCAAGAGGAACUGCCAUUAUUCUUAGUCUUUAUCCUCCCUCCAGGCCUUUACCAGCUAAGUAACUGACCUUUUCUGUCACACAUGCGUAGGGGAAGAAGUAGGAUUAGUGCACAAAAUGAUUAAGUUCUUUACUUACAAAACAUUCGGUGCCAGGAGCAUGGUUCUGGAACUGUUGGCUUUUACCUCUCUUUGAUCAGGAUAAAUACUCAAUUUUGUAAAUUAUUUGGUAUGCCUGUAAUCUUGUUUGAUCUGAAGAUGCAUUUAUAUUUUAAUUACUAAAUAUUUUACCCAACAAAAUUACUUUUUAAUAAUUUAUCUUUUAUUGUAAAGACAAUUAAAAGUUACUGUCACUGACAAAAGCAACACACCUCAUUUGUGUAAUGUGUUCUGGCCUGUGUAUCAUCAGGCACCUGUCCUUUUAAAGUGUACAGCAUACACCAGUGUAGGUGUCAAUCUUUGGAUAAUACCUUCAUUUAUUUUGUCAGUCAGACCCCUUCUGGAGAGCAGUAGUGAUGUUACUGCUCUGUUUGAAGAAAACUCACUCUCCCAUUCUCUUGCCUGCAGCCUUGGCAGUGUGCUGCUGCCACUUCUUAUAGGGCUAACACACCAGUCUGAGCUGCUGUGUGGACGCCUUUGAGACAGCUUGGUGCUUUCUUCUUGUUAAGCUUCUGCUGCAAUGCACAGGCCCAUAAAUGGUGCACAUGUAUACAUGUUUACAUUGACUUUUGCCUAUACACUCUCAUCCAUAUAGUAUAAUCCUCUUUUAACUUUGUAACAGGAUUGUUCUGCCUUAAAACAGUUUAAGGAAUCAUUUGUGAAUAUGCGGCCUUUCUGUUUAUCACUCACAGUGAGAUGAGUCUCAAGAGUUGGGCCAUGUGCAUAGAGAUACUAAAAAAAAGUUUCAUUAAAUAACAUUUUAUGCCAAAUGUUUUCCUUCUUACAGUCCCACAAAAGGUCGAAAAUGACGAUGUAGUCUGCUGUUGAACUGAUAUCUAUUCUAGCUUAAAUGCCCUAAGCUUAAGUGCCUUAAUAACUGAGAAAUUAGUCCCAACUUUUGCAGCACUUUGGUUGCAGAUGUCUGAGAUGCAGCUCAGCAGCCUGCAGUUGCUGUGACUCUCUUCCCCUGUUUUGUGUGUGGUACUGUUCUUGUUUUCUUCUUGACAUUUGAUAUUGUCAUUGCCUUCUUUUUCUCAGUUGAAGACUUUUAGGAGUUGUCUUGCCUGUUUUCAGGCUGACGGUGUAUAUAAAUCAAGAUUUCCUAGGAAUACAUACUUGUAAAAGGUCCUGUUUUUAUCCCAUCACCUAUUUCAAUGAAUUGUAGAAGGCUGCUUUGAGCUCUCUGUUGUCUAUGAUGUCCAGAUUAAUGUAGUUGAGUUCUCAGGAGCGUUGCUUUGGUGAUGGGUAUUUGAUAGGUGCCUAAAAUAUUUGUAUUGGAGAUCUUAUUCUAUUGUCUUGUGCAAGGGCAGGAAGACAGCAUCUGAAGAACUGGUGGGUCUCAAGUUGUAGCAGUGUACAAGUGUAAGCUGUCUGAUCUCCAGGCCAUUCAAAAGAAUGGUAAUGGCUGUUGUAUAGUUUUGUGUGGUUACU